UGUGUAUGUGUGUGCGUGUGUGUAUUUGGCAUUUCAAGCCCGAUCGACUGGCUGGCACUGAGCGGCGCUUAACGCUUUUCAUCAGUCGGAAUUGAAACAACAAUGCAGGCGGUCGCGUUUUAGUCGCUGGCUAAAAAAAAAAACCAAAUCAACAUAUUCGAAAAAAGCGCGUUCGCAGUUCGUAGUUCGUCAGUCAUAAUAAAAACAACAGCUAGAGCAACAACAACAGCAACAACAACAACAAAAGCGCCAACGAAACGGAAGUGAAAAAUUCGCGUUUUCACACAACAUUUUUGCAUUUUUCCGCCCGUUAGACACAAAUUAUACAAGCGGCACAAAAGGCAACCAUUGUUAGCCACUUGGCCCGUCUCUGCCUGUCUUAUUGUCUGCCCGUCUAUCGGAUCGGUCUGUAGAUGGGUCACUCAGUCAGUGGACAGCCCGGGCUCUCCUGUGUGUGUGUAACCGCGCGAUCGCAUUUUGGAAAUGAAAUUAGAAAUUGAAAAUAGUUCACUAGCGAAUUGGCAUCAUCCGUGGACAUGGCUGCGAACGGUUUUCAAAUCGAUUCCACCCAAUCUAAUGGUGCGAUGGCGCAAUAACACUGACGCCAUGAUCGAAGCUCAGUAUCCGACAACUGGUGAAUUUGAAUACAUGGAGUGUGGACCAUCGCCGCCGGCGGAGAGUGCGCCGAGCAUGUACGAUAGCUUCGAGGAGCCAACUAGCGAGCUGAGCGUGCAGAUCUGCAAUGACACGCUGAGGAUUAGUCUCAUCGACCAGAUGAAGAGUGCCGCUGGCCGGGUGCGUUUGUUUGAGGACAUCGAGCAGGGUAAUGUGGUGGCCGAGAGUAUCGGCGCACAUUUCGAAACAGCUUCCAAGAUCGAGAAGAAUCUGUGUUAUUUGUGGGCGGCAUUUCUCAAGCGCUGGGAUCUGCUCGAGGGCCUCUUAAAGGCUGGCGCCGAUCUGCACUUUUACGACCAGAACGGUAUUUCAGCAUUGCAUUUGAGCGCAUUCAGCGGAUGCCUGGCCACGCUGAAUCUGCUGGUGGCCAAGGGCAUCAAUGUCAACCUGCAGCCCAAGUGCUACACGCCGCUGCACUGCGCCGCGUUCGGCAAUGCCGUUGAGGCAGCCAAGUUCCUCAUCAACAGCGGAGCCCUCAUCACCAAAGACACCAACAAGCCCAACUGCGAGGAGAGCCUGCUCCACUGCGCCGUUCGCUCCAAUGCCCUUGAGUGCUUGCAGCUGUUCAUUGGCGAGGGAGCCGACGUCAAUUCGCUGAAGCCCAAUGGCACCAACGCCAUACACCUGGCCGCUGAUCUGGGCCACCUGCAGUGCUUGGAGGCGCUGCUGAAUGCACCCAAUGCCGACGCCAAUGUGCGCAUCUGCAUUCGCGAAAAGGAGUCGACCGCUCUGCAUCUGGCUGCCGAUGAGGGCAACGUGGAGUGCGUCGAUCUGUUGCUCUCCAAGGGGGCUGAUGCCAAGCUAAAAAACCAUCGCGGCUUCACCCCACUCCAUCUGGCAGCGCGAACUUCCAGCUUGGAGUGCGUGGAGUCGCUGCUGCGCAAUGGCAAUGCGGACGCAAACGCUGAGGACUUUGACCAUAGGACGCCGCUGCAUGCGGCCGUUGGCAAGUCCGAGAAUGCCUAUGAUAUCAUGGAGACACUCAUACAGUGGGGCGCCAAUGUCAACCACAAGGAUAUCUAUGGCUUCACCGCUCUCCACUUGGCCGCCCUCGACGGACUCGUCCAGUGCGUCGAGAUGCUCAUUUACCAUGGCGCCGAUGUCACAACGAAAUCCAAGAAGGGCACAUCUGCUUUAAACGUCAUUACACGGAAGACCCCCGCCUCGGUGGCUAUGAUUCGUCAGAAGCUUGAUGCGGCCAUUACCCUGCAUCACUCACAGGAUCCCGUCAAUCGUGAGGUGGAGCUGGAGCUGGACUUUCGCCAGCUGCUGCAGCAUUGCCAUCCACGUGAAAUUAGCUACUUGAACACAUUCGUGGAUGAGGGGCAAAAGGAGAUACUGGAGCAUCCGCUAUGCUCCUCCUUUCUGUACAUCAAGUGGGGCAAAAUACGAAAGUACUACAUCGGCCGCCUGAUCUUCUGCUUCAGCUUUGUGCUCUUCUUGACGCUCUAUGUGCUGACUGCACUGGCGCACAACUGCUACAACGGCAGCAAGGACGACAACACGACGAUACAGGCGCAGGAGCUCUGCCAGAAGCAGUCCAUACUGGGCGAUAUGCUGCGCAAUAAUCCCUUUGUCAUGGAAAUGCAGUGGUGGGUGCUCGUGGCGAUCACAAUAGUGGAGAUAUUUCGAAAGCUCUACGGGAUUACCGGCUACUCCUCGUUUCGACACUACGUGACGCAAGUGGAGAACAUUAUGGAGUGGUUUGUCAUCACCAGCGUCUUCGUCAUCUCGUACAUUUACACGAAGCAGACGUACACGUUCCAGAACCACAUUGGCGCGUUUGCCGUGCUGCUCGGCUGGACCAAUUUGAUGCUGAUGAUUGGGCAGCUGCCCGUGUUCGAUGUCUACGUGGCCAUGUAUACGCGGGUGCAGGGCGAGUUCGCCAAGCUAUUCAUGGCCUAUUCGUGCAUGCUGAUUGGAUUCACAAUUAGUUUUUGCGUUAUCUUUCCAUCGUCGUCGUCAUUCGCCAACCCGUUUAUGGGAUUCAUCACGGUGCUGGUGAUGAUGAUUGGGGAACAAGAUCUGUCGCUAUUAAUCAACGAUCCGGACGGCAAGGAUCCGCCCUUUCUGCUGGAGGUCAGCGCUCAGAUUACGUUCGUGCUCUUUCUGCUGUUCGUGACGAUCAUUCUGAUGAAUUUGCUGGUGGGCAUUGCGGUGCACGACAUACAAGGGCUCAAGAAGACAGCCGGACUCUCGAAACUAGUGCGACAAACGAAGCUCAUUAGCUACAUUGAGUCGGCAUUGUUUAAUGGCUAUUUGCCCACAUGGCUGCGAAAUCUGCUCCACUACACGGCGCUCGUCUCGCCGCAGGCCUACCGCGUGGUGCUGUGCGUGAAGCCCUUGAAUCCCAGCGAAAAGCGUUUGCCGCGCGACAUACUUAUGAAGGCCUACGAGGUGGGCAAAAUGCGUAAGCACUUUGGUUACACAAUCUCCUCGAAAAAUCCGGCCGAAAACUAUCUAUCGUACAAAAACAAGUACAACAACAGCGGCUGUGUGAACACAGCAUACGUGUUGCCCGAUCCUGAUCCGGAGUCCACACAACUAACAGCGCUGACCAGUAAAAUUGACGACAAUGCGGAUCGCAUUGAGUUUCUCACGCAGGAGAUUCAAGAGUUGAAGCAGGUGCUCAUAUCGCAGCAGCAGCAGGCCAGCAAGGUGAUUGACAAGCUGCUGAUCGUCAUCUCCAACCAACAGAAACAGCAACUGCGUAAAUAACUGCUGCAUAAUGCCAUUUACUAUUAUUGCUAUUAUUAUUAUCUUUUAUAAACAUACGAAUCAUAAAAUCCUUAGCCGUAGACACCUCUUGAGUGUGUUAACCAUUGCGCCCAAGAGCCCGAAAAUUGUUGAUAUUAUAUUGUAGUUAGCGUAUUGAUUACCGCAGCGUCUAACGCUCUACCUAAUAAUGCUAUUUAGCUCUACACUAUACUAUGUAUGUAUUUACCCUACAAUAUAUAUACAUAUGCAGAUAUAUAAAUAAA